GGAGCAAAAGAACCGGCCAAUUGGCCGAAAACAUAGGUGAAGCUCGGCGGUGUAGCCGCGAAAAAUUUCAUAAAAUACCUCCGAUGAGGCUCUUUUCGAUUCCCAUUUCACGUAAUUUUUCCACCAUUGUGAUCACAUUUUCUUCUCUACAGGUUGAUCGAAGCAAAACACUCAAUCGCAACAUGAACUAGAGCAGUCACCACAUCGGAGAGCCCCGCAACCGUCACCAAGAGACUAUAAAGGAUGUCGUAGAAAAAAUGGGCGCAGGAAUGGCAAAAUUUAUUUGCAAGGAGGUAGAAACAAUUGAUGACUAUGAUGAAUAUGCAAGCUGUGCUUCAGGACUUGUUGGAAUAGGAUUAUCCAAGAUUUUUCAUGACUCAGGGUUGGAAGAUCUGGUAACAGAGUCUCUCUCCAUUUCAACUGGUCGAUUUACUCAGAAAACGAACAUCAUCAGAGAUUAUCUAGAGGAUAUUAAUGAAGUACCCAAGUCGCGCAUGUUUUGGCCGCGCCAGAUUUGGAGUAAAUACGUUCAAAAACUCGAGGAUAUGAAAUAUGAAGAAAACUCUAGUAAAUCACUGCAGUGCUUAAAUGAAAUGGUUACAAAUGCUCUAGCACAUGCACCAGAUUGUCUCAGGUGCAUCACUGCUUUGCGGGACAGUACCAUUCUUCGAUCUAUCGCAAUUCCCCAGGUGAUAGUGAUUGGAACGCUUGCUUUGAGCUACAACAAUAUUAAUGUUUUCAGAUCUGGGGUGAAAUUGCAGCGUGGUCUUAUUGCUAGAAUUUACUAUCAGACAAGAACAAAGGCUGAUAUAUAUAAAUGGUUCUUUGAAUUCUCUAAUUUAAUAAAAUCUAAGGUUCCGGACGACGAUCCUAAUGCCAUGAAGACAUUGACUUCGGUAGAAGCGAUUCAAAACAUCUGCAGGGAAUUUGGAUAUUUAGACAAGAGGAGUUACAGAGAAUACGCUCCAGCUCUGAUUGUUGCAAUCUCCGUUAUAAUACUGUGUCGUUUUAUAUAUUUAUCCACCGCUCAACCAAACAACUAAGAGAGUGGAGCGAAAAGAGUUUAAUUGUACGAGUAAAAAGUUUUAGAAGGCAAGGAACAAAAAUGUCCCAUCCACGUGCUUUGUGUUUUCUGUUACGCAAAAACCACGUGCCUAUUUAUUACGUGCAUGUACACAGAAAUCAAAACUGGAUCGAAAUAAAUAUUAUGCGAUUCUUUUUUAA